AUGGGACAGGAGCUCAAUGACAUGUUCGAGCUGAAAACCCUGACCGGGCAAGCCCAGGUGCCACAUGUCCUGAACCCAAAGUACACGGCUGGCUAUGUUUCUGUAGCAGAGCGAGCGAUGAGGUUCAGCUUCCAGCCUGCAUGGUUCUUUAUUGGGACUUUCAUCAACACUGAACACAAGCAUGGUGCCUGUGGCCUCUUCCUGCUUUCGAUUUGCUUGCAAGGUUCUGAGCGAGCAAUCAUUGCACACGGCAAUCUGUUGCUGCACUACGAAGGUGCACCCGCCUGCCCUGAAACCCUGCCUCACCUCAACUUUUUCAUCCUGUCUUGUGGUGCCAGAGGCCACAGCGACAGCAACUUCGAGCAAUCGCUGUGCAAAGAACUCGGCAGUAUUCGAAACAUUUCGAAGAUCUUCCUCGAGAGCAUCACAUGUUGGCACACCACUGGUGUGGCGGGCAGCUUGUGCCCCUUCGAUGUACUCCAGUGGCAUAAGAAGCGGAAGGACGACUGCCUGAAACAUUGCUUCGACCCCUUGGCGGCCAUGCUACAGGUGGACGGUGGCCAGCUAGAGGCUGAAUUUCUGUUGGCUCGGCCGACUGCUUUGCAUUUGGCGAGGGCUGGCCACUUGGACUAUUGGCCUCAGACGAUGAACCAUUGGGGCUUGAGGUUGCCGGUCCUUUGCAAAGUUCGCUGCCUGCUCUGCAUCUUCGACUCGACUUCCGCCAUCGAAAGCAGCUUCUCCACCUACCGGCUUUUCACCAAGGGCGCCAAGGCUUCAAUCACGGAGGCCCAUCGCAACCUGUAUAUGAAAGUGUUCUGCGAUGCUCCGCCGCCGGAUAUGAGUUUCAUCUGCGAAUCAGCCGUCUGGAUCGCCAGGCCGACCACAGCCGGCAGAUGCUACGAAGCCACACCGUUUUGCAACCGGGUGUUGCAAACAUACCGUGUGCUGAAUGGCGGGCAGGGGAAGAACACCAAGUCCACGAAUCUGCCCCGCAGGCUGAUGAAAUCCAGACUUCGAGCAAAAGGCCUGCAAGCCUUCGAUCGCCGCAAAAGCGGCGAGAUCGUGGCUUUGACCGAGGAGCAGUCGAAGGCUCUGGACCCUUCGGUCGUGGAAAAGAUCGUGGGCCUUGACGAUGUGGUACAGAAGGCCGCCAAGGAUCGCACUUCGCAGAAGCAAAUCGAUUUGCUUUUGUGCUUGAAGAAGAAGGCCCGGGAAAGGCAGGAGGCCUUCAUUCACGGGCCGCACCACGAAGGUGCUGCAAAGCUGAAGGAGCUGGAGAGGGAUGUUCUUAAGAAUGCCGAACAGCUGUGCAAGGUCGAGCAACGACAGAUGGCCAAGGACACAAGGACCCUGGCACCCGUGCCAACCUGGGUUGUGAUUGUUGGUGAGGCGACGGAAGACAAGCACGCCAUCAAGAGACGGGUUUUGGAGGUUUGCAAGCCUGAGCAACAGGUGGUCAUACACGGGGUUACUUCCUUCUUGACUCAGUUGCACAAGGCCAGUUUCUACGAGACACUGCCCAGCCAGAUAGUGUACCUGUGCUCCAAUUCUGAAACUCUGCUCUGGCUCACUGACCCAACGCUCGACAUCGACGACGAAUCCGACAAGCAGAAGAAGAGAUCCCACCUCCUGUUGGCUACUCGCCUGUUGGGCGGUUAUGUCUGUGGCCCGAGCUGGUUGGAACGCCUUGCCAACAGCCCCGCACAGGCCUUGCCAGCUCCGAUCCUGCAGCUCCGUUCGGCUGCGCUCACGCCGCAUCAGGUUUACUUGGGCAAGCAGCUGCCAGGCCAUGCUUCGGAUUUCUGGUGGCAGCUUCACAAAGGGCUUCUUAACAGUCGCCUGGGAGACAGUGUUUCGAUGGUCUUACGGGACAAGAAGAAGCACAAGCUGCUUCUCGCCUGCAUUCUUUCAGUCAAGCCCAGGGCCCGAGACACAUCAAAAAGGAUGUACUUUUUUUCUGCAACCCAGACUUGUCGGAUAUGA